CAGGCACUGCGGCUGAACUGAACCGGUGAGAGCCGGGAACGUAUAGUCUUAAUUUGUAAUUAGUGUACUCGAAAUUAGUUCGUUUCGUUAGUACUACGUGUUUGUGCAACGCUUCAGUGGAACGCGAGUGGCUCAGCGUAGUGGCAUCGAAGGUGUGGUGUGCGGUGCGGUUGGUUUGUGGGCAAACGUCGAUGCAGCGCACGGGAGAAGAAGCACGGCUCUGGUGUUGUGAGAAGUGAAACUUGUUCUUGCGGCAGUCGACUUGGCGGCACGCUUGUAUCGCCGAUGCGGCCAGGACCGAGAUUGUCGGACGCGGUUACGACCGUGGCAUCGUCGGUGACUGUCACCACACCCCCGGAAGCAUAGGUGGCGCUGUCAUGGCCUGCGAUGCGCUUGAUGGAGCUCUGUGCCAGGAAGUGGGAUCCUUGGUGAACGAGUUCUUCCGUGAUGGCACCAGCAACCAGCGCAAGCAUGAAAUAGAGUGCCGCCUCUCUGAGCUGAAUCGGCAGGAAGGCAGCUGGCGACACUGGUUGCGGCUACUCUGCUGCCACAAGGAGCCCGGUCUGUUGGCCUUUGCCUUCUCUGCCCUCCAGGAUGCCAUUUCGAGGCAAAGUCUGGACCUCUCUGCCCGCCGGGAGCUCCGCAGCAGCCUGCAACACCUGCUGCUGUCCGCACAGCAGCAACCGGCCUACGUGCGCAACAAGUUGUCAAAGCUGCUCGUGGACCUCGCCUGCGUCGACUGGCCGCACAAUGAGCCCAGCUUCUUUGAUGACAUUGUGCAGCUGUGCCAGUCCGAAGAUACUCAACCGCUGGGGCUCCUGCUGCUGCAGACGACGUCGGAGGAAGUGGCCACCGCACCGCGCGGAGGAAGCCUAACCGCCACCCGCCUCGACGAGCUGCGUCUCCUGGUCGUGCAGCAGAUGCCCCGCACAUGGGCAUUAAUUACAGGUGUACUGAAGAGCAGCUCCAGUGGUGGUGGGAGCGCGCACCAGGCACUUCGGUGCACGGAGCACCUGUUGAGCUGGUUGCCCCUGUCAGCUGUUGACCCCAAACUUGUGGACGCCCUCUGCUGCUUCUGUGCUACAGCCAUGGCCUCGGCGUUGCAGGAAAGGCAAACACAGGUAGACGUUGAAGAGCUGGGGGUCUUGUCCCUAAGCUGCCUGUGUGAGGCCCUGUCAAGGGCUACGGCUUCUGACCUGGGAUCCGACUGCCUUCGGCUUCUUCAGCAGUUUGCCAUGGGUGCCCUGCAGACUGCCAUUUCUUCCGCUUCCGCUGCCACCUCUGCACACAACAGCUACCUCGACAAGCUGAUGGAGUUCCUGCGCCUCUUUGUCGGUGCCAACCUGCCAUGCUUCGAAGGCAACAACCCUGCGCUUCCUCAUCUGCUGUCUCUCCUGUACGACUACACUUUCCGAGAGUCGAGCGCGGAGCGGUACUGCGUGUGUCUGGAGAUGUGGGGCACGCUGCUGGUCCGGCUGGCGGCGCACCGGUCGGCUGACAAUUACCGGCCGCUGCUGCAAACGCUGGUGGCCCAGCUGUUGGCCCGGUGCUGCCAGGCGGAGGGCGCGGCCCGGUCCCUGCAGGAACCGCAGCUGGCGCUGGUCGCCAAGGCGGCCGAACUGACACCCCAGGACGUCUGUGCACAAGUGCUGGCACUGCUGGAUCCUGAGCUCAACAAUUACCAGUCACCUCACGGUGCCGCCGCAGUUGAGCGGUUGCACAGCCUGUCCGCUGUGCUGCAAGCUCUAGGGCGGUUGGCUCCUCACCUGGACGUUAACCUGGCACACACGACUACCACGAGGCGAGUCCCAGGGCUGUGCCAUGCUGCCAUCUAUGGACGCCAGUUACUUGCAAACGCAAAUGCUGUGAGGGCGGCUGAUGUCGCAAAUGUGCAGGCACAUUUGUUGGCUUCCCUGCGAUUGCUCUGCACCUAUCUGGGCACCAAGGCCCCACCCACGGAGCUCCUGGUUGAGGCCGCUUUGCCUCCCAUCCUCGAACAGUGCCCUGAGAACGUGUGUGAAGCAGCCUGCGGCCUACUGCUGUCGCUGAGCUCUAGUGUGCGGCCGGCGCAGCUCCUCUCUCUAGCACCCAUGCAGCGGCUGUGUGAGCACCUUUGCCAGGGGAGCCUCCGGCCACUUAGUUUUGAGUGUGAACAGCUGGUGGUACAGGCGGCGCAUGCGGCCCUGUGCCUGCCCUGGUCUGGUGUACCAGCUGCGGCCCAGUGCUGGGACCAGAGGGCCGUUGCGCAGAGCAGCCUGGUGAAUGCCCUAGCGCAACCAUUGCUGCAGAAGCAACGACCAGGCAAGGUGUUGGACCGUUGCCUGAGGUUACUGCGAGCCUUGGUGGAAGUGCUGGAAGGCUCAGGAAGUCGGUCGAAGCAGGUCGCCAGCGCGGGACUGGCCCCAUUGUGGCCCCUCCUGCUAGAACGCCUGCCACCGACCCUGCACUGUGGUGGGGAGGACCCGGUGUUGGGCUUGCUGGAGGCCCUGGUGCGGGUGAUGGCGGCGCAGAUGGGAGCGAGCAGGGUGGGGCCCCUGCUGGCUGCCCUGGAGCAGCGGGUGUCCCGAGAUUCCGAGGAGGUGAAGUCCGCCGCCAGCGGACUCGAGUGGCUGCUUGCACUCCUGCUGCCCCUAGUCAGGGAGCCCAGCCUCGGCGAGUUCCUGCCCGCCAUUCUGAGGCUCUGCCUGGACCAAGUCCACCCGCGGCUUGCUCAGUGUCCCGUGCUGGUGCCCGUGUUGGGGCCGCCCCUGUUCGAAAUUCUGGAGCAGUGCCUGGUGUGCCACUGGCGCCGGUUCUUUCCCGGCGGUGUGGCGGCCCCCGAGGAGCUGCACAAUGGUCCCGAGUUCGGUCGACUGCUGUCCGCGUACGGCUGGUCCCUGCGGAUAGGUGAACCGGGCCUCGUGCGCCAGAACCUGUUGGCCCUGUCGGCGCUCAACCGCAGGUGUCGACUCUUCCACAAGGUAGCCUUUCGAGAGUGCCUUUUAGCGCAGUUCGUGGAGGCCCUGCUGAACUGCCUGGUGUCGUCGCCCGUGCGUGAUCUGCUGAGGGAUGAGUUUCAGCAGCUGCUGUUCGAACUGGCUGCCGUGGAUUUCGAGGCAUUCUACGGCCACCUCCUGCCGGCGCUGGUCCCGCCUGAGCCGCUGGCAAGACUUGCCUGGGAGCGCGACCUGCCCUCUUUUUCUCGACAGAUGGAGCGCCUUGUCGGCGACCUGCGGCGCGCUGCUGGCUGAUGACAGGUGGAGCUUUGCACGGUCGAGAGACUUCUUGAUUCGACGGGUUCGAUAGCAACGAAGUCGGUCUGCCGAAACUGACCGACCGAUCAAGACCCCAUGACGUCUGAGACCAAAUCAGGUUCGGUGGUGCACAUACGUCUCAUGACUGUACGUUGUGUCACAUGGAAAUCGCAGUGUCGCAACUUCCGGCACUCUCACGACCGAUAAGCCGGUGUAUUUCGCCAAUCCCCGCCGAGUGCAAAUCCAAGUUGUGUUACUUGCAAAGGAUGCCAGUGAGUUUACUGCCACGUGAAUGAAGAAAUGAGAACUUCUGUGCAUCCAGAGCGCAGAUGAACAGGAGUAAUCAGCGACGAUGUGAAUUUUUCAAGAUACGUUAGUGCCGCCUCACCCGAUGUGCGGUGUGACGUGUGCCUUCUGGUCAGAAAAUCAAUCCUGGCUCGUUUCCUUACAAGUCGUGGCAGUCGCUUUGCAGAACUCGUUGCCGUCACGGCAUUUCUGUUCACUGCGAGACUCGUUCACUGCUUGUGAGGUCAGUCUUGUUUCUUAGCCUUUGUGUUCUGUUAUCAUUGUUAUUGUUACAGCUAAACCUUGUUGUAACAAAAUCACAUCUGAUACGAAAGUACCUUCGUUAAUCCAAUAAUGCGUCAUAAAUGUAUAUAACUUGCAGUGUACAAUGGUAAGGCUAUUUUCAUUUACUUCGUUAUAACUGAGAAUUCGUUAUAUCAGUAUUCUUUAUAUCGGGAUUUCACUGUAUGUAGUGAUGAACUUGCUUAUUCAAGAUCUCAAUAACUUGCUGUGCAUGCUUUGAGAAGCCAAAAAUGACGAGGCAUUCACAGAAUGUUAGCAUGUCAAGCCCACUGAAGAAGCUUCGCUUCUUGCAUGGGCACAUAACCGUGGUGAAGAUAUGUACCGUUGUGCCAACUUUUCUGUGCCUGCACAACUUGAAGUCGAUGCGAGCUCUUCGUAAAAUGCGUGAAGUUGGUAUGCUUUUACAUUUUCUCAUGGUGUGGAAGGGCUUGGCUGUACAAAUACCAUACCACAAAAUACGGAAUGCCAUUCUGUUUACUUCAUGUUGCACUUCGUGCCGCACAUGUGGGGUCCGUGACGUUUUCCGAAAUGGCCAAAGAAAAGCACUUGUAGAGUGUUUCUUGGAAUAGUUAUUUGUAUUCUGUGGUACAGCAUAUGCCCACAUAUCUUGCUACCAGGGGCCGUGAUUCGAGACGAUCAUUUUUCAGGGAUGUCAGUUUUGGUGCCUGCUGAUUAGCUGGUUUGGUGAAUGGCAGGCGAGUAGUCGCUUCAGUCAUUGGACAACUGGGAUUGUACAUCAUGUGAAGCGAUCGAUCAUUGGACACUCGCGAUUAUAUGUAGCACAAUGCAACGCGAUACUGUCGCCAAAAGGGCUCGUCUCUGAAUAUGCCCCCUGUAUUGUGCCUAAUAUGUGUUUUAGUUGUCUUUUUGUGAUCUGUGGAGACGGCUUUGCGUGAGGCCUACCUUACGAGCAACAGGCAAGAAAGGGUGCGACACCGCUCUGCUCCGAAAUGCACGAAGGGCACUAUGGCAGGCUUUCGUCGACUCUCUUACGUGGCACAGACAAUGCGCCACAGCAGGCCGUCAGCAAACACAGGUUUGCUAAUCCAGGAAGUGACAUGGCUUGCAGGCAAAGCUCACUGCAGUGAGUUCAGUGUGCCAGCCAUGUCCACCGUGUUGCCACUGGGGCAGUGAUUUUCGGAGACUCCCAUCAUACGGUGUGAUAAAACGCUUUGCUUGGCGUGUUGAUUGAUAGUAUGGAAUAGAUUGAGCGCAAGAAGACGGAACACAGGGAGACAAGACAAUGAACGUUCAGUCGUCUUGUCUCCUUGUGUUUCGUCUUCUUGCGCUCAAUGUAAUUCAGACACGGUGUAUGAGCUGAGGGUAUCAGGUGCUGGGAAGAAGGCACCUCGAUCUCCACAGAUUGUGCCGCAACUGCUGGGAUAAUCAAGAAUCGAAUAGCAAGUUAGUUUGCUGUGGUUAUAACUUAUUACUUUUGUCUCUCCUUAGAUGACUUUAUAAACAAAUUUAUUGGCACUGCACGCACUGUUGCGAUUUGAAACAAAAUCGUUUGACACGAUUAUGAAAACUAGGAAACUGCUUGCAACUAUUACUGCAUUCUGUUUAUACGUACUGCAUGAAUUCAUGCCGCACCUGUGCUUUCUUCAUUUAGUAUUUCAACAGAUAUCGAGAUGUCAGCCGAUACGGUGCCAGUGUCCCUCCCUCUUUCUUCUCUGUGUAUGAAAUGUAUAUUACGAUGUUACAAUGAAAACUGGCCUGUUGUCGAGCAGUUAAGCUACGUUAUAGAAGUUGCAUGGACACAACUAAAAAAAAAACUUAUACUAACCAUGGCUUCAUGUGGCUGACCUGGGUAUUUUGUUUCUUUUUCUGCGCAAUUACUUUCAUCACCCACUGAAGUACAAUGCAUAUGUUUAAAGGGUUUUAAAAUGGCAUUUUAGAAGUUUCAUGUUCAAAGAGUGAGAUGCGGGCUACACACGUCAGUUUGAGUAAGAGGUAUGUGUGCAUACAUAUUUCCGAAAUGUCUGUGUGUGCAUGUGUGUGUGAUUUGACGCGUUGAAUGUCAUCAACGAGCAUUUUGGUUGUGAAAACUGUCCGCGCGCAUGCCAAACAACGGUCUGUAUGCAGCUGUAUUGCUAUCGGCACCCUGGCGCAGGCUUAAGAAAUCAGCUGCAGUUUUUGGGGAAGGGCCGGAAUUGAAAUUUUGGAAAAUGUUUGACGGAAAAUUAUAUACAGUAGACUCUCAGUAGAUGGAAAUCUUUUAAACGGAACUGCUGCUUAAAUGAAACAAGUGCUUUUUAUGAGAUUGGUUUCGUACUUGUAAUCUGCACGCUUGUUCAUCUCCCAGUAAAUGGAACAUAUUUUCCCGGUCCCUUCAGGUUCUGUUUAAUAAGAGUCUACUGUAGUUUGAUCAAGAUUGAAAGAGUACAAUGUUGCAUCUUUUAGUUCUUUUUGAAGUAUUGGCUGCCGCUGCAUAUUGAAAUUUGAAAAAUUUGUAUAUUCUCUUAUUUUGUUGCGCUGUAGUUAUUUUGUUUGUUUACGUCCCGCUUUCUUGCUGCUCACUUCGAUCGGAAAUUAUCGGACAUUGUUGUACCCCAUAACAAAAUGUCGUUGGUAAAGGGCCAGACAGGCAUUAUACAAAUUGAAUGUACCAUCGCUGGUUACUUCUGAGGGUUCCUGUUCCACUGUUGUGCCUCGGCAGGGGUUUAUCAACAACAUUUUGCAGCAUGGUUCACUUGAGUCAUCUUGUCUGAGCUCUGCAUCCAGAAUUGCAGUGCUCGCGUACUACGAGCUCACAGUAGUGAACGGCUUUGGUUACAGCACAGAUGUUGCUUCUGAUCAAUGCGUUUGAGCCUCAAGAGCUGAAGCUGCGAUGCAUGUGGACUGACACCUUGUAAAGAACUGUUGCACCAAAACAGUAAUAAACUAAAUUCUUGUCGUACUGUUGUUACGAUGCCGAGGUUUAGUCACGGGCUCGCAACCAGUUGAGGCAUCUUAUGGAAAAGUGCCAAACCGAAAUGCGCUAAAUCAAGAGUGGUAAAAUAGUUUGCUCCGUGACCAUGUUUUACUACAGUCUUUAGUCAAGUUGCAUUUCUAUGAGGAAAAAGCACCUAGCAUACGUCAUAAAAUCUCUCUGUUCCUGUACAAUGCAGAUGGCACGAGGCGAUAGGCUAACACUGUUUGUGCAGUUGAUGCGGCUACAUCUUGCGGCUUAUGUAUGCACCAGUCAAAUAUUUUACUUUUGCUUGAGGCCGAUCAGGAUUCAAUUUUUGAAACACGAUUGGCCCCUUCGUGCAAGCUGCAGAACAGAACCAAUCGCAAUGGAAAAAACCGGCUCUAUCACGAUUCGAAGUGCUCGUCUGACAUUGCAUUGUGUCAUUCGCAGCUGUAGAUUAGUGGGAAAUUUAUGUAAAUGACCAUGUCGUUAUAGUCGCUUUCUUGCACCGAGGAUAUUGAACAAGGCCUGAAUUCUACUUUGGAAAGCGCGUCCUAUCAUAUCGCUUUUGAGUUGUGUGCCACUCCAAAGAACGUUGCUAGUGGCGUCAGUUGUUCUAACGUGCGAGAGGUCAAGACUAGCCAAUCCGGGUUUUUACUGGUCUUUCUGCUGGGCGCGUGUGAACUAUUUCUCUAGCGUGAGUGAAAUGCUUGUCUGUUGAUGUGCGGAUAUUUAUAAGCCAAGCAACUGUGGAGCAGUGGUCGGUGCAUUCUUGAUUUCUUUCACAGCUGUGUAAACUGUCUUAAUUAUUACUCUGGAGACUAUUCAGUUGUACAUGUACAUGCACUUACAACCAAACGGACCUUGAAAGUUCUUGUGUUAUUUUCUUUGAUGUCAUGCAAUCCACUCCCUAAGAAGCUCAAUACUGCUGAAUGCAUGUUAUCUUCAAACUAGUCUUUCAAUAUUUUGCUGUGUGUGUUGUGCAAUCUCCUUCUAUGACCCCUUCAUCACUCUUGCAUAACUAACAGUUCUUGACUGCGUACUGCUUAUGUGAUAAUUUUUUUUAUACGAAGGUAUUGCACUGUGCUGCCUUAUCAAGUGGCUUCUUGAUAAUAAACCACGAA